AACAGUUUUCCGCGCUGUCGUUUGUGUGAGUGUCUGUGGGUGUGUGCGUGUGUUUGCCGCUCACUCAGCUGUGUUUAACGGAUUAUUAGUUAGCUGCAGAGCGGUAAUAAACAUGAUUGCUGACGGCUCUGACUGUGCUUUGGCCCGGCUGUUAGUUACGGUCCAUGUUUACUGAGCUGAGGGAUGAAGAGCAGAAAGCAGAGGUCCGCCAGAACUGCAAGCAACAAAAAGAAAGUCCCCAGCGAUGUGUCCCCAUCGACCAGUCUACCUCCUCUGGUCGAGGGCCAGCUGAGAUGCUUCCUGAGGGUGACCAUAGGCCGGGUGUUAUGGACAGUUCACAAGCCACCAGCUGCAACGUUUAUCAGACUGCGCUGGUGGGGAGAGUCAUCUGACGGGACAUAUUUCUUUCCCACAGAUGGAUCACAGCUGACGCAGAAAACUAUCAAGACCACAGCUCGCUUCCCCAUCCGCUGUGGCCCAAAGCAGUUCACCUCAUAUCUGACAGAUAUGGGCUCUUUGGUGUUGGAAGUCCUCACCAAACCCGAUCAUCUGCCAGUCGCACGGGCUCAGGUCGCUGGUAUCUCCCGCCUGUCUCUGUCACAGCCAAUCAGCGGAUUUUACACUCUUGUUUCUCCAACGUCUGAAAAGCUGGGAGAGCUACAGGUGUCUCUUAAUUUGGAGCCGUUGACAGAAGCCUAUGACAGCAGCAGCUCAGGUCCCCAUGCAGAUCUCAGCACUGAACGACAGCAGGCCGCCACGCUGACCUUGCCCUCGCAGCACGGGUCGCGCUCAGCUGACAGUGGGAAAGAAUCGGCGGGGAGCAGUGGUGGAAACACACCAAGAGGGAAGGACCACUUGUAUUUCCAAAAUGCACAGAGGGACAAAGAAGAGGCGCAUGAGAAUCAGAUGCCAAUAACAAACAGAUCUCAGAACAGUCAAACAGCUGUGAAUCCUUUAACUCAACCAACUAAUGAGCUUCUUUCAGUUAUUCUCGAGCGUGGAAACAAACUCAGAAAUGCAAUGGUGAAAUCAGCUUUAAAAAGUGACUCGGAUUCUGCUCUGGCUCUGAAAGAUACUCUGUUGCCUCUACCAAAGGUCGACAAUCAGCCUCCACUCAAGCGCUUGCCAUCUCCUUCUGGGAUGUUUCUUGAAAAUAUCCUUCAUGCUGAUUUGGCUGAUGAUGUUGUUUUAAUAUCAGACAGCGGCUUGGAUGGUCCUGUUGAUAUGGAGAACAGAGCUGUGGAUCUUCUCCUUGGCAGCUCAAGUACUUCUGCUUUGCCUCUCUGGGAUGGACGAGUCUCCUCACCUGAUUCUCUGUCUGGCCAUAGCAGUGUGUGUGGAGAUAGCGAGCUCAAUGAUCCACAAUAUGAUCAGAGCUUACUGGAAAAUUUAUUCUACAAAACUCCUGUCACAGAUACCAGAUUAGGUAACAGUGAGGAGGAGCGCCAAGGGAUGGUGUCCUCAAGUAAAGCUCAGCCAAAACAGCUGACACAGUCUGGACCCAAGAUUACAGAAGGCCCAAAUUCAGAGGAUCAGCAGUCAGCAGAUGCUGGCACUAUCCAUCCUCUUUUGAGUGCAGAGCAGCUGACUUUACUGAGCUCAGUCCGGCUGGCGAGAGUGACGAUCGAGUCUCUGACCGUACCUGCAGGCAGCACGACACCCAGAAAGAGCGCAAAUAAAGGAAAACCCCCUCGACCAGUAACAGUCAGGAAAUGUACAUAUUUUGUUGAGUAUGUCUUCCCGGUGACUUCAAACCGGAAUGAUCGCAGUAAGACGGGUGGAGACGGGGAGGUGACCAGAGUUGUUUCCAGUAAAGUCACAGGGGAAGCAGUGAACUUCCAACAUCUCUCUGUGUUUCCUGUCAGCUUCAGUAGAGCCACAGUCGAACAGUGGUGGGAGAGCGAUCUGAUUUUCAAGAUUUACUCACGAAAGAGUGACCAAAAGAAACCUGUUGCCAUCGGUAAGGCAGUUCAUCCACUGCGCUGUCUGCUGCAGAGCCAGCAGCUGAGUCAGUCCGUCAUCUUGCCUGUACAGAGAGAAGGGAGCAGUGAAAGACAGAAGAUUGGACCUCUCAAAGUGUCACUAGAACUUGGAGCACACAGUAAAGGUUGCUCGUCUGAAAAAAGUAAAAGCAAGCUGGCUUGGAGAGACAUGUCACCAUCACAAAGCCCAGAGAGACAAACCAGCCUCAGAACUCACCAUCCUAACAGUGGCAUGGGGGAUUCACCAGCUUGCUUUUUAGAAGAGUCCAAGCUGGAUCCUCGUACACCUCAGCGACCCUCAAGAGAACCAGCUCCUAUUUCCAGCUUUCAAACAUCUCCUCAUAAAUUGUGGCAACAGGUGGAAGAGCAGCCUGAGGUCCUGCUGCAUGCCUUACUCAUGGUACCAGAUGGGAAGAACUUCAACUGUGGGCCUCUGCAGGCUCCUAAUGUUUACCUGAACUGUAAACUGUUUUGGUGUGAUGAGCCUGUGAGAUCUGUUGUCAGCUGGGGUCAGGCAAACCCUACGUUCAACUUUGUUCAGGUGACACCUGUGGCCUUAACAACUAAGCUGCUGGAGCGGAUGAAGAACAAUAUGAUGGUGAUUGAAGUGUGGCAGAAAACAAGAAGCUCAGGGCAGGAUCGACUCCUCGGCCUCGUUAAACUACCUCUUCAUCAGUUCUACAUGUCGUUCAGGGAUCCAAAGAUCACCCAUCUCCUCCUGCAGGCGCAGUACCCCGUUUUAGGGGUGGACUGCUACAUGCCCGUCACUGAUGUGUUCUCAGGGAGCUGUAAAGGAAACCUCAGGGUUGUCUUGGCUAUGGGCCGAUCAGAGCAGAUAGUUUCCCUCCAGCGCACAAGAGAUGAAGAAUAUGACUCGUUGCCUCAUCUUGUGAGACCAGUUCAUCUGCUUGAUCAUCAGCCACAUUCACAAACAAAGGUGACUACAGCACAUGUAGAAUCUAUGAGAGAGCACGUUUUUGUGGUAAAAGUGGAGAGGGUCAGCGGGAUGACUCCUCUGCAGUCCACAGUGUGGGGUGAGGCCGACUGUUACAUCCAGUACAGCUUCCCGUGUCAGGAGGGCGGCGCUGCUGUAAACGUGGACCAGAACCUCAUAGAGAGCACUGUGAACCUGAAGCCAUUUCGUACCACCACCACUCUCUGUGUCCCUGACCCGGUGUUUGGUCACACUGAGACUCAUGUGCUUCUGGCUCCUGAAGGAGUUCCUGUCCAACGGCUGCUGCUCAGCUCGCUCUCAAGUCAAGGUCUGAGCAGUGGUGGAGGUGUCCAGUUUGAAGUGUGGUGCAGAUAUUACUAUCCAAAUGUGAGAGAUCAGCUUGUGGCCAGAGGAAUGCUUCCGCUGUCCAAACUGUGUGCAAUGGUCACCAUGCAGAGACAACAUCCGAAUGAGGCUCAGAUGUUCUCUUUGCCUCUGAUUCCCAGGACAGAGAGUCUCUCGGGACACCAUCCUCAGCCCUCAGGACUGUUAGAUGUUUGCAUUCGAUACAAACACAGGCCUGUGAGACUUGAAGAGCACACUGGAAGAGGAGCUGCCUCUCGGGUUGUUACGCUCGUGGUUCAAGUGCACAGAGCAUGUGGUCUGAAGGCUGCAGCAAGGUUAUUAUCAGAACAAAAUGAAAGGUUCAGCUACUUCAUCGGCGUUGGUUUGAAUACUUUCGUCACAGUCCAGCUUUCUUUCUUGCCCGAGAGCGAGAGGAGGUGCACCCGCACAGCAGCCAGGACCUUCUGCCCCGAGUUUGACCACCACAUGGAGGUGUCCUGUGAUCUGCUGGUUCAGAGCAGCAGUGGAGAAACCUGCAGCCUUGCUGAGCAGCUGGAACAGGCUUCUGCUCGCUUCACCAUCUGGAACCGAGACAGUCGGAAAAGUUUAACUGUGAACAUUUCCAAUCCUAAAGACGUGAUGUUGGGGACAGUGAAAAUACCUCUGUCUGAUCUCAUCCACAAAAAAACAGGUAUUUCAGGCUGGUUUGGGGUUUAUAUAACUCAGGAAACGAGUUCCUCUCAGCACCAGCACAUCUUGGUCGGAGGCCUCGAGAUCUCCGUCAGUUUCGCUCACCACUCUGAUAGAGAACGGGUCAUUAAAGCCGCUCAGGGUUUAGGCUGGGAAAGGUCCGUGACUGACAGUGCCAUGCUGCAGGAUGAUGAAGAAUCCUUUGACGAGAGCAUGAGAAAACUCUCUCUAACUUUAUCCAUGCCCAGAGUGUGGCUACCCAUCCACUGUUUGCUUCUGCCUGGCCACAGUGAGCUGCAGCGCUCCACCUACUGCUACUUCAGGUACAAGUUCUACGACCGGGAUGCCUUCUGCUCUCACUUGAAACACCCGUCUGUCGAGGAGGGUGCAGAGGAAGACCAGGCCACAGUGAGUUUUGAAGGAAGUAGGACUGUGGAAUUGAGAAGCACGCAGCCUUUAAUGUGGUAUCUACAAGAGGAGAAGCUGGAGGUGCAGGUCUGGGUCGCCUUUAAGAAAAACAAAACCAGAAGGCCCAGUGAUGCAGACCGACUGGUGGGUUCAGCAUUCGUCGAUCUGUCCUCUCUUGCAAAGACUUCCAAGCAGAAGCUAACUCUCAGUGGAGUGUACCCUCUGUUCAGGCGCUCAGCAGCAGAUCUACAAGGAGCAGCUCUCAGGGUGCACAUCACCCUGAGAGCAGGUUCUUAUCUAGGAGAGAUACCUGCUGGAGGUGAGACCCAGGUGGACUCUGACAGUCAGGAGGAACUGUUAUCAGAGGACAUAGAAGCAGAAGAUCAAGUCCCUUCCCCAUCUACACUCAGAAAAUCAUCUACACAAAGCAAACACAAGUAUAAAUCCUCCAGAGCCACUCCAGACACCUCAUCUGUACAGCACACUGAGACGAGCACAGGUGAAUCUUUCCCUGUGACAGUCACAGUGGAUCGGGCCAUGCACCUGAACCUGAAAGGCUGUCCUCUCGCAGAGCGCAGUGAAGGGAUGCCGUGCUGCUGUGUUUCAUACGUCACUGCUGACUCUGCUGAAUCGGUGUCCACACCUCUGAUAUCCAACACAGACUGCCCCGUGUGGGACCAUCAGCACGAGUGCAGGCUGUCAAAGCAGCUGCUGGUUGAUCCACAACAGUCUCUUGUGUUUAAAGUCUGGCAUAAAGGAGAUCUGGACAGGGUGAUUGGAUUUGCCUCUGUAGACCUGUCCCCUUUAGUCUGUGGCUUCCCAUCGGUGUGUGGCUGGUACAACAUCACAGACUUCAGCGGUCAGUGUCACGGCCAGCUGAAAGUGUCCAUCACUCCACUGAAGGGGGUCCAAGAUCUGCGCUGGCAGAGACGAUCUGUGAGUGAAGAAGCUACCAAAAACUCAUCGGUUUUGUUCCCGGCCUUUCCUCUCAGUUACCAGACCACAGCCAUGUACAGCAGCUUUCCCUCUCACAUUAGCAGGUUCCCUGAGCAGAAGAUCUCAUCACCUGACCACACUGACAGGCUGUUCUCUGAAAGUGAGGGUGAUCGCCAUUCUGAGCACAUGGACAACGUACGCCUGUAUCACCAGAGUCUGCAGGAGCAAACAGCGUCUCAGUCUGCUCACGGCGGCAGUGCAGGUGAUGUCAAUCCCUCCAGCUCGUUCCUGUUCUCAGCACUCAGGAAAAAACUGAGCGAGCUCGACAACAUUCAGAGAUAUUUUAGCCGUAAGCUUUCGACUCCUACAUUCCCGUCCCUGCCGGAGCAGGGCUGUCAGAAUAAACACGAGGAAAGGAGGGACUCGGAGUACGACACAUCUCAGCUUCUCCUAAAGUCGAACCAGUUAGUUGGAGAAGUCCACAACAUCAUUAGUGGUUUGCGAGGACACCGCUUGGAAACAAUUCCCUCAAACCCUCAGAGCUGCUCAGCAGCUUCACCUGUUAGAGACAGCAGUGCACAAACCAUCAGUGAGAGAGCCUCCAGUCCUCACAGAGUUUCACAUUACUCCACAGAAGUCGCCUCUCCUCCGCUGUCGGCACCAGCAGAGAUGUCCGAGGACCUCACAGACUCUGAGCCUGAGGAAGAAAAGCACGGACGAAGCUGCGAGGUUAACAUAACUGAGAGUGAUGAAGAAGAGACAGGAGGUAGACAGGAUGAUGAUGAUGAUGAUGAUGAUGAAGAAGAUGAGGAUUAUGAGGAGGUUGUGGUGAAGCUGAGGCCUCUAAAUGAGGUGACCUCAUUAACUGACAAAACCAGUCCCUGGACCAGCAUCAUGUCAGACCCUGAAUUGGUUUCUCUGGAGAGCCUGGAGACACCAGAGAAGCUGGACCUGAGUGAAGAUGAGGGCAAGAAGAGGCUGUUGACAAAUAUGGAAUCUGGUGACCUCAGUGGGAAGCACAGAGGAGAGGAAAGUGAAGACCACUGCAGCUCAAAUGGUUCCACAGGAGAUGCCUCAGACUGGGAGAGAGAUGAUGAAAGGUCACUACAAGCUGGAGAUGGAAGACGAGACCUCAGCAGUCCUAAUGAGAGAUCAGGUGACACGGGUUCAUCAUCAACCACACAGCACACCACAGACACCCACAGUGGUUCAGGCUCCUCGGACAAUCCACACUUCCAACCCUGUGUUCCUGCAGAGGCCCUAAACUUCUUCCUGCCCUCCCACCAGCUGGAGGCGUCAAUGAGAGCCAUACGUUUAGCUCCCACCUUCUCCCAGACAUCCAGCAGCCCUGACCAGAGUUCAUCGGUUCACAGCGUUCCUCCUCGCAGAGGAGCUCGGCAGCGUCCCAGUAUGUCACCGUCAUCCAUGAAGAAGGAGACGGAGAGGAUAGCAAAAAUAUUUGCUGCUCACUUUGAUGACACUCAGUAGCACGCGGCUUUUUGUUUCAAACAGCAACAACAAUCAUGUAUUAAAUGUAAUAUUUUGUAUUUUUAUUAAUAAAUAUUGACCUUU